CCCAGGAGAAAGACAUCUGGGUUCAGUAGAGGGGGCUGUGGGAGGAGAUAGCAUUCAACCUGACCAUGUAUAGUCAGACAAAGAGACUGGUGUGAGAAAACACACAGAGGCAGGAGGGUGGGGAUAGGUUCAGGGAUCACGUAGCAGCACCAAGGUUGGGGGGGAUGGCAGAGGGAAGUGGGCAGGAAAGACAGGGUGAGGUGAUGAAUGUUGGUAACUGUCAGUAAAGGGGGCUGUGCAAAGGAGGAGAACCAGGAACCCCACCUAACUGCAGUAGGAAUGAUUUUGGAAGCACCUGCCCCAAGCAGAGUGUGGAAUACAGGUGGCAUGUGAAGUGUGGAAAUUCCUCCUCUGGGAUCAGGAAACCCAGGAUCCACACUUCUUUGGGUAGAAGUCGAGGAUCAAGGAAUGGAUGAGAUGACUUUCCACAUCUUUGAGGGAUUUUUUCAAGAGGACAAGGUCCUGCUGGGAGAUCUGCCCCUACUCCCCAAACGCCUGUCAUUGACUUGACCAUUCCCAUCCUGGCCUGCUUGUUGUGGGUACGAGGAAGAAUCGUUGUUCCAGACUUCUCCACUAGCCUGACUUGUUGUCUGACAUGCAUCUCCCUCCAUCCGUCGCCUCGUUCCUUCCCCCAUCCCGCCCCAGCAUUAUGAGAGAUGUGAGAAGAUUAAGUGCUCCUGUGUCAGCUCUGAGGUUAAGGCGAGGCUUUGUUUGUGGCUGUAGUCAGCCUCAGUCUCGGGGUAGAGUCAGGACUCAGAUUGACCGGGGUCAGGGCCAGGUCAGAGGUCAGCCGGGAGCCACAGCUCAGUGCUUAGCCUACGCUCAGCCUUAGCCCUCCGUCUGUGGCUAAAUUCUGGUCUCAGCAGGUACCUGGGUCCACGUUUCCCGAGGACUCACACACCCCUAGGGGAGGUGAAAUGACUACCACGUGAGUCCCAGACACCUGGCCUAUGCCUGUGUGACCUAGGACAUUGUAUGGGUCACACCCGUGCUUGCUCUGGCGGUCACCAGCCAUGGUGGAGCUGAAACUAGAAUCCAGGACUCCUGCCCCCAAGCCUGGGGCUCUGCUGUCCCAAAGUCUGUUCUGAGUCUGGGAUCCCUCCAUUUGAGAGGCAAAGCAAAUUUGUCUGAAUUCUAGAAAGGCCCAGCUGGGUAGACCUGACUGCAUUCUCCUACCUCCUGGUGCCAGGCACGUAGUAGGUACUUGCAGAACAUGUAUGUCAGGUGCAGGAGGAGAGGCCAGUGGCUUGUUUUGCUUUGGGGCAGGAGGAGGCUGGCUCGGCGGGGGAAGGAUCUCUAGCCGCUGUCAGAGGAAGUGGCCCCCAUCCGGACCCGCCACAUCCCCCUCUCCUCCAGCACCUGCAGCGACACUCAGAAGUCACCCAGCUGGCCAUAUGAGGGCCCUGUCCCCUUCCAGGGGCAUCCACAGGUCCUGCCCCUGGACACCUGGCCCUCCGCCCAGCCGGCCAUGGCGCUGUGCCUGAAGCAGGUGUUCGCCAAGGACAAGACAUUCCGGCCUCGGAAGCGCUUCGAGCCAGGCACACAGCGCUUCGAGCUGUAUAAGAAGGCGCAAGCAUCGCUCAAGUCGGGCCUGGACCUGCGCAGCGUGGUGAGGCUGCCGCCGGGGGAGAACAUCGACGACUGGAUCGCCGUGCACGUGGUGGACUUCUUCAAUCGCAUCAACCUCAUCUACGGCACCAUGGCCGAGCGCUGCAGCGAGACCAGCUGCCCGGUCAUGGCCGGCGGGCCCCGCUAUGAGUACCGCUGGCAGGAUGAGCGCCGGUACCGGCGGCCCGCCAAGCUCUCGGCCCCGCACUACAUGGCCUUGCUCAUGGACUGGAUUGAGGGCCUCAUCAAUGACGAGGACGUCUUUCCCACUCGUGUUGGAGUUCCCUUCCCCAAGAACUUCCAGCAGGUCUGCACCAAGAUCCUGACUCGCCUCUUCCGGGUCUUCGUCCAUGUCUACAUCCACCACUUCGACAGCAUCCUCAGCAUGGGGGCUGAAGCACACGUCAACACCUGCUACAAACACUUCUACUACUUCAUCCAGGGAGAUGACAGAGCGGAUCUGUCACUGAGCCCAAGCCUAGAGUUGUUCCUGUCAGGUGGACCAUCUGAACACAGAGUGGCUGAGAAGACCCUCAGGAAUCUGGUGGCAGAGGAACCUAAAGUCUCUGGGACCCCUCCACACACACAAAGCCCCUGGACUUGUGGUUCUCAAGAGUCUGCCCACAUGCCCCCUGACUGCUUAUCAGUGGAGAAGGGGAGAGCUUAAAAGUGGGCAAACAGAAGGAAAGAAGGAGCUACAUCUUCACAUGAAGUCUAGGGUGGAAUAGGCUAGGUUUCUGCUCCAGUCCUUGACCCUUCCAUGGUGGUUCCCGUGCCCAUGUGGGGAAUGUGGAUGUGGCUGAGUGAUAGCGAGAAAGGUACAAGAGUGUAAGUAAG